AUCCGAGUGUGCAUUUGGAUUAUCCUGUGCCGAUGGAUGCAGUCCAUUGCAACCUUCGCUGCGGGGGUUUUCACUGGGCAAAGCCUGAGCAGCUGUCAUGCGAGCCUGCCCCAGUGCACUCUCCAUGAGGAGAGCUACCGCCUGCAGCUGCACCUCGUGGGCGCCCAACUGGCCUUGGCGGAUGACUUCUGGUCCCGGCAACGGCCGCAGCUCAUUGCGACGCUGGGAACCUGCGAGAAGCGCACGGAGCCAGCGGUCUUCGAUCCCGGCUCGGAUUGCAACUGGCGCUUUGGGGACAAGCUCACCUUCGCGCUGCGGUUGCGGGACUUGGGCUGCGGGCUGCGCCUGCGCCUGCAGGGCAAAAGGGACUUUCGUCUUGGACCCUGGCAGGUGGAGCUGGCACAAUCGGCGGACCUGGGGGAGGGCCUGUUGGACCUGCAGAAGGCCCUGCAGCAAUGCCGAAAGUCGGCCGAAAGCGAGUGGGAGUCGCCCCUCUUGCACAUCCCGCUUCUGAACCUGCAGGGUUCUGAGGAGUUCGCUGUCUUCGCGUUGGUGGUCCUCGAAGGGGACCUGCCGACGCUGCUGGAGCAGGCAGAGAUGGCGGGGAAGUCGGUGGUGCAACGCGCGAUGUAUCCAUGUGUUCAGUGCACGAGUUGUGCCUGUGAGGUGGCUGAGCCAGAGAGUGAGGCGCCCCCCGCCUCCGAGUACAGCACCUGUGAGGUACCGCCGACCUAUGCAAAGGUUCAUGCGGCUGUACCAACUGCGGUGCCACGUUUGCCAGAGGAUUUCUCCUUUGCUGAGCCGGCGUAUGCAAGCAGAGCAAGCCGAGGAGCCAGCCGAGGCGAGAGCGAGGAUGAAAAGCUCUUUACCGCAGGGCUCCGGGGACGCGCAGGUACCUCCACCUCGCUGCCGUUACCCACGCUGCGCUUGCCCAAGCCGACUCCGAAGGCCGACUCGAAUUGCACGACGGGGGUUCGAUUUUCCUGGCCGGCCGAAUUAAACAUCACCCAGACUGACCCAGCCUUUUUGCCCCGGCCCUUUUGGGUUUCAUUCAGUUUCCCUUCUCAACCAGCAAAAGGUUACUGGCUUUGCAAGGUCGGAUCUGUCUGGCCAAGCAAAAGGCCAUCGGACUCCAACAAGGUUGAGCUCGUACCCUUUGCAAAUUAGACUGAAGCAGUCUAGCUGGGCGUCCGUUUUUCCGCGGCGACCCUGAAAAAGAAGCAACACAGAAGACCGAUGAUUUAAUUAACCUAGCCCGCGGUACAUUUGCUGGAGUCAUCAGCCUCCAGCUGCGAGUGUUUUCCUUCUUGCU